AUGAUUCUCAUUUGGUUGUUGACCACAAUUGCGCUUUUGAUUUCAAAUGUUGCUGCUGACUCUUUAUCAUGCCUUCCAAAAGGUUACGGAAAUACAGGAUUUACAGGAAGAUUUUAUCAAUAUCCAUAUGGUAGCACUGAGCAUGAAUCUGCUGAAUUCAUGAAUGAAGGUUACAAACAAUACGCUUUUCUCGGGGAAAAGACUGGCGUCGAAGAUAUUGACAUCUUUAUUCCGCCUGAAUACGCUGAAGGCCAAACAUUAGAAGUUUAUGGCUUCGAUACCAAUAUUAACUUCACUGUGGAGUUAACUGGCUAUUUUUUUCCAGAGGAAACUGGUGACUAUGAUUUUGCACUUCAAGUCGAUGAUGGUGGUUUAGUUGCUUUUGGUAGCGAUCAAGCAUUCUCUUGUUGUAAUUCUUUAAACUCUUCUGCAGAUGAUGGUUACACUUUGUUUGCUUCAUAUGCUACAUCAUCUAAUUUAGAGGGAGAGACCCUGGCAACAAAGCAUCUUGCGGCAGGGCUAUACUACCCAUUAAGGGUUGUUUGGACUAAUAGGGGAGGUCAAGGAAGACUUAACUUUACUAUGACUACACCAAGUGGUAAAGAAAUUACAACAUUCGAUUCCGUUUUGUCUUUCCCAAACGUCACGUCUUAUUGUCCAUAUACUACUACUUCUUUGACAACCACCCAACCAUGGACUGGUACGUUCACCUCGACUUACACCACUGAGACUACUGUUAGUGGUACCACUGUUCCUCAAGUUGUUGUGGAAACCCCAGGCUCCACUGUGACUACCACCCAACCAUGGACUGGUACGUUCACCUCGACUUACACCACUGAGACUACUGUUAGUGGUACUACUGUUCCUCAAGUUAUUGUGGAAACCCCAGGCUCCACUGUGAGCACCACUAGAUUCAUCACCAAUGUGGAAUUCACAACAAUUAUCACAAUAACUUCAUGCUUCGAGAAUAAAUGUCAAAAGAGUGUUGUUUCAGCUACGCCUACAGUUAGCACAGAGACUGUCAACGGCAAGACUACUGUUUAUACUACUUACUGCCCUGUUUCUCAAACUGAAGAAUUCGUAUCUCAAAAAACAUCGUCAACGCCAGUAUUUAGUUAUGAUGCGUCAACCAUUCCGACUACCCCAAUUUCAAGUUCAAUAUUAUCAACAGCUUCAAGCAUUGAUUUGAGUACUUCAAGUGUUUCCAUUUCUAUCUAUGAGGCUUCUGGGGUCAUUUUGAACCCAUUGUUAUUAUUAUUAUUAGUUCCAUUCAGUCUUAUAAUGUGA